UUCAACCGCGUAGAGUGAAGUAUCAGUGCGCGCGAGCAUUUUGUGUCGUUCAAAUUAUUGAUUUCUCGAAGGGCGGCACUAUCUUUCGGGGUCCUCGGACUCACCCUCCGACAUGAUAACGCGCUGAUACGAUUACACGAAACGAAAAUUUUAAUUCGAAAGAAGUAGUUAUGAAAAUCGAUUUAAUCUAAAAAAAAGUUUUUUGAAAAAUAACUUUCACGUCGAUUCAAAUAAUUCAAGAUCUCGAAUAUAGAUAAUAACAAAAAGAUGGGGACGAUCGUUUUGAAAUCAUUAUCUGUGCUGUUAGGAUUAUUUUUUGUGUUUGUUGGUUUAUUAAAAAUAUCCAGUUUUUUGUCGAAAGAUCUCCAUAAAGAUUUGAGGAAAGAAUAUGUAAAAUAUGCCAAGGUUUUUCCAUUUGCUGAGAUGAUGAAUAUGAAAAUUCCUAGUAAAUGGUACAGAAGAACUGUUGGGGCUUCGGAAAUAGUUUGCGGUUUAGCAAUGGCUCUUAUACCAAGUAAUAAAGUGAAAAAUUGGGCAAACAUCUGUCUACUUCUAUUAACAUUGAUGGCUGUGUAUUCGCAUUACAUGGUAGAAGACAAAUUGGAAAGGACCGCUCCAGCUUUGGUGUUUUUGUUCAUGUUGAGCGGCCGAUUGGUUGUUUAUUGGCAAUUGCAGAAUCGGAAAGAAUUCGAACAACAACCACAAACGAACGGAUUUAAACAAGAAUAGGUAGUUAAAUUAAAAAUUAAUUCAUCAUGAUUUUAGAAGAAUUAAGUUCGAAGAAAGACUGUUUGUUGUAUUUGUGAGUGUGGUAAAUCAUUAAAAAAAAGAAAAAUUUGUAGUAGAAUCAAAAUUUUCAAGUAGACAAAAAGUCUAUUUAAACUAUAUCAUACAUAUAUAAUUUUUUUUAAUUUAAAUUUUUGAGUGUAAUCGUAACGUAGUUUCCUGUCUUACCAUAUUUUUUGUGACACACUGCCAAAGAGACACGAAAACCAACAACAACCAUUUUAGAUUAAUGCAAUUAGUUAAUAAAAUAUAAAAGAUAUCCUGA